AUGAGAGAUUACAAGAUUGUUGUUCUAGGUGCCGGUGGUGUAGGGAAAUCUUCUAUAACCGUGCAGUUUGUACAAGGUGUAUACAUUGAAAGCUAUGAUCCAACGAUUGAGGAUUCUUAUAGGAAGCAGAUAGAAGUUGACGGUCGUGCAUGUGAUUUGGAAAUAUUGGAUACAGCCGGUGUAGCUCAAUUUACAGCCAUGAGGGAAUUGUACAUAAAAAGUGGGAAAGGGUUUUUAUUAGUGUACUCGGUUACUGACGAAAACUCGUUGAAGGAACUUUUAGCCUUGCGCGAGCAAGUGUUGAGAAUCAAGGACAGCGAUAAUGUCCCCAUGGUAUUGGUGGGAAAUAAAUGUGACUUGGAAGAAGAUAGAGUUUUGAGCAUAGAGGAUGGGGUGAAGGUAAGUCAGGAUUGGGGGUUAGUGCCAUUUUAUGAAACAAGUGCCAUGUACAAGACGAAUGUUGAUGAAGCAUUCAUUGACGUGGUUAGACAAAUAAUGAGGAAAGAAGCAGCCAUCAGUGCUGAGAAAAAGCAACAAAAGGAAAAGCAAAAAGUGGAACAACCAGUUUCAAAUCAACCUGAAGCUGAGCAGCCAAAAAAGGUGGAACCAGCAAAGGCAAGAGAAAAUCAAUCGACCAAGGAAAACAAGAGUAGCUCCGGUAGCAAGUGUUGUACCAUUAUGUAG